CACAACACCUGACGCGGCGCGCCCCCUGCUUCAAGCGAGCCGAGAGGAAGGAGCCAGCCAGCAGCCAUGGCUCCCUCCACCUCCACCACCCCGUCGCCGCUCUCCCGCAUCCUUCUCAGCCUCCCGAAGCCCAACACCGCCCAACCCUCCCGCUGCGCCAAAGCGCCGACCACGGACUCCGCCGCGGCCGCGGGCGCCAAGAAGAAAAACCUCGUCUUGAGCCGGCGCGAGGCCGCGGCCACGGCGCUCUCCACCGUCCUCUCCCGCGUCCUCCCCGCCGUAGCCGCUGAGACCGACGUCGCGUCGGCCGCCACAGGCGAGUGCGCUCUCGAGACGACCCCCUCCGGCCUCGCCUACUGCGACCGCGUUGUCGGCGCCGGCGCCGAGGCCGUCAAAGGGCAGCUCAUCAAGGCGCACUACCGGGGGAUGCUAGAGGACGGCACGGUGUUCGACAGCAGCUACGGCCGCGGGAGGCCGCUCACCAUCAUGGUCGGCGUCGGGGAGGUGAUCAAGGGAUGGGACCUCUGCAUCGCCGGCGGCGAAGGGAUCCCGCCCAUGCGAGUCGGUGGGAAGCGGAGCCUGAAGCUGCCGCCGGAGCUGGCGUACGGGGAGAAGGGGGCCGGCUGCAGGGGGUGGGAGCCCACGUCCUGCGUCAUCCCGCCCAACUCAACGCUCCUCUUCGACGUCGAGUACGUCGGCAGGGCAUCCUCAUGAGAUCUCCAUGGAU